AUGAACCGCCCGUCACGCACCGACGAGCCGCCGCGCAGCGAUGGCCUGAACCAAAGCCCCAAUGAGCUGUCGAAUGACCUCACCACCAACGAGGACCUCAACGGCACGGCCAAUUCCCGCCGGUUCAGACGCUCCGUCUCCCCUCACGACCUACAGGCCGGUCUUCCUGGAGAAACAAAUCGAUUCGGGAUCGCUGUCGACAAUCCAGACGACCCCGGCUACCAGAAGACAGCCGCUGCGGGGCCGAUUACCACCCGGGUCGACUCCGUGGCCUCGGCGCGACGGCCGAGCCAAAGCAGUGUUCCGCCCAACAGCGGCGGUGGGGCACUCCAAGCGGGUGGACAAGGCGACGGAAACCGGCGCCAGGGUCCCUUCUGGAAGGUCGUCUCUAGUCUUAAGACGGCUUUUCGAUUUAUCGGACCGGGCUUCAUCGUGUCUGUCGCAUACAUCGACCCCGGCAACUACUCGACUGACAUCGCGGCUGGUGCUUCGUACCGUUUCAAGCUGCUUUUCGUCGUGCUGAUGAGCAACUGCUUUGCCAUUUACCUGCAGAGCAUGUGCAUCAAGCUGGGGACCGUCAGCGGCCGCAACCUUGCUGCCGCCUGCCGCGCAUUCCUUCCGCGCUGGCUCAAUAUUAGCCUGUACAUCCUUGCCGAAGUCGCCAUCAUCGCCACCGACAUCGCAGAGGUCAUCGGCACGGCCAUUGCUCUGAACCUGUUGCAGCCCAAGAUCCCGCUCGUGGCCGGAUGCGCCAUCUCCAUUAUCGAUGUGUUCAUUGUGCUCCUCUUCUGCAAACCUGAAAAUGGAACACGCAGCGGCCUGCGCGCCUUUGAGCUCAUUGUCGUUCCACUGGUGCUCGGCGUCGUCAUUUGCUUCUGUAUCCAGCUGUCCCUGAUUGACCACACCACAACCAGUGUCGGCGAGGUGUUCCGCGGCUAUUUGCCAUCGGCAGCCGUCAUUGAGCAGCAGGGCCUGUACCAGGCAUGCGGCAUCUUGGGAGCCACGGUGAUGCCUCACAGCCUGUAUCUGGGCUCGGGCAUUGUGCAGGCACGGCUUCGCGAGUACGACGAAAAAUGCGGGCUCCUUCCACCCGAGGAGGACCAGCAACCGCAGGUGGUCGAGCGCGAGGCUGAUGACGAAGCAUCGGACAACGACAACGGCCACCAUGGCAACCGCACCCUCUCGUCCCUUCGGCAGCACUUUUACCUUGCCAAGAAGCACACCGAGGACCGGUCCCAAACGCACACGUACAUCCCCUCGCUGCGGGCCAUCCGCCACUGCUACAAGUACUCCGUUGUUGAGGUCGCCGUCUCGCUCUUUACCUAUGCCCUCUUUGUCAACUCGGCCAUUCUCAUCGUGGCUGGUGCUGCGCUCUACCAGAACACCAUCGCCAUGGGUGCCGACAUCUUUGCUGUCCACGAACUCCUGUCGAAUACGCUGUCCAAGGCGGCUGGCUUCGUCUUUGCGCUUGCCCUCUUGUUGUCCGGCCUCUCGGCCGGUGUCGUCUGCACCGUGGCUGGCCAGAUGGUCUGCGAAGGCGCCUUGCAGUGGACGAUUGCGCCCUGGCUACGGCGCCUGCUGACGCGGUCCAUUAGCAUCCUGCCGAGCAUCGUCAUUGCGGGUGCUGUUGGGCGCGACGGGCUGGACGCCGCUCUCAACGCCUCGCAGGUUGUGCUGAGCAUUGUGCUUCCGUUUGUCACAGCACCUCUGCUUUGGUUCACAUCGUUUGACAAGUACAUGACCGUGCAGCCCGGUGCCGCCCGUUUUGCGCUGCGUGUGCGGUACCGCAAGACAGCGAGCAGUACGAGCGACAUUGGCAAUGUAAACCAAAACCAAGGCACUCCCGACGGCGAGGAGGGUGACCCUCGUGGCAACGAGGCCCCUACCAAGAUGGCCAACUCGUGGCCCACGGCCAUCCUGGGUCUUGCGAUCUGGAUAUUCAUCACGGUUUUGAACAUUGCGAAUCUGGUUCUUCUCGGCAAGGGCAACUAA